AUGUCGCAAGAAAUUAGGCAAAAUGAGAAAAUCAGUUAUCGUAUUGAAGGACCAUUCUUCAUUAUUCACUUAAUGAACCCUGACAAUUUGAAUGCACUAGAAGGUGAAGACUAUAUUUAUUUAGGAGAGUUACUAGAACUAGCGGACAGAAAUCGUGAUGUAUAUUUUACAAUUAUACAAAGCAGUGGUAGAUUUUUUUCCAGUGGUGCUGAUUUCAAGGGUAUUGCAAAAGCCCAAGGGGAUGAUACCAAUAAAUAUCCUUCGGAAACAAGCAAGUGGGUGUCAAAUUUUGUCGCUAGAAAUGUUUAUGUCACUGAUGCCUUCAUCAAGCAUUCCAAAGUUUUAAUUUGCUGUUUGAAUGGACCAGCAAUAGGGUUGAGCGCGGCACUGGUAGCGUUAUGUGACAUUGUGUACAGUAUAAAUGACAAGGUUUAUUUGCUAUACCCCUUUGCUAACUUAGGACUAAUUACCGAAGGUGGUACAACGGUCUCUUUGCCAUUGAAGUUUGGCACAAAUACGACGUAUGAAUGCCUCAUGUUCAACAAACCAUUCAAGUACGAUAUAAUGUGCGAGAACGGAUUUAUAAGCAAGAAUUUUAACAUGCCAUCUUCAAACGCUGAAGCGUUCAAUGCAAAGGUCUUAGAAGAAUUGAGGGAGAAAGUGAAAGGGCUAUACCUGCCCAGUUGCUUAGGGAUGAAAAAAUUGCUGAAAUCGAACCACAUCGAUGCAUUCAAUAAGGCUAACUCAGUGGAAGUAAAUGAAUCUCUCAAGUAUUGGGUAGAUGGAGAGCCCUUAAAAAGAUUUAGGCAGCUGGGCUCGAAACAAAGGAAGCAUCGUUUAUGA